UAUGGACCAUGGAAAGGCACAGGGCAGCACUGAAGAACUACCAGCAGAUUCUGUCUUUCGUAUUUGCUGUGAAGGAAAUCAAGGAGAACCCAAAUAUAUUACCAAACAUCACCAUAGGAUUCCACAUCUAUGACAACUACUUUGAUGCAAGGAUGACAUAUCAAAACACCUUGAACCUACUGUCCACCUGGAAUAGGCCUGUCCCCAACUUCAGCUGUGGUAUUCAGAAGAAGCUAGUAGCUGUCAUUGGAGGACUUGAUUCUGAAACAUCCUUCCAUAUAAUCAACCUUUUAGGCCCUUAUAAGAUUCCACAGGUCACCUACUCCUUCCUUCAAGCAGGGAUGAAUGAGCAAGCUUGGCACCCUUCCAUCUAUCAGAUGAUGCCCAAUGAAGCAUUUCAGUACCGUGGGAUUGUCCUGCUCCUCUUGUAUUUCCACUGGAUAUGGGUGGGCAUCAUUGCAAUGGAUGAUGACAAGGGAAUACACUUUAUGCGCACCUUGACACUAAUGUUUAACCACAAUGGUGUCUGUGUUGCUUUCACUGAAAGAAUACCAACCAUGGCUUCAGUAUUUGACAUUGUGUCUCUAAUGAGGCACACAGAGAGUAUGUCCAUUCUUCUAAACAAAACCAAUGUCAUUGUCAUAAAUGCUCAUAUUCAUACCAUGUUUGCUAUGACUGGAUUAAUCAAUAUGGCAACAGUAGCAGACAUGAGCAUGGCAGCUAUAAGUAAGGUAUGGAUUAUGACAGCUGAAUGGGACUUCACAUCACACCCAUCUGUAGCAGAGCUGGAUACACAAGUCUUCCAGGGUGCCUUAUCAUUUGCAAUUCACUCCAAAGAACUGCUGCAAUUCCAACAUUUCCUUCAAAUUCUAAAUCCUCACUAUUCAGAAAGAGAUGGUUUUAUUAGGGGCUUCUGGGAGCAGGCAUUCCAGUGUUCCCUGUCUAAUCCUAAUAUGGAUAAGGAGAAUGGAGAAGGCUGCAGUGGAGCAGAAAAGCUGGAGAACCUGCCUGGGCCAUUCUUUGAAAUGAGAAUGACAGGCCAAAGCUACAGCAUCUACAAUGCUAUCCAUGCCACAGUGCAUGCUUUACAUGCCAUGUACUCCUUUGGACCCCACCACAUGGCAACUGAAGGUGGGAAAAGGCUUGAGCUUCUGAAGUUGCAGCCUUGGCAGCUUCACUCUUUCCUGAGGGGCAUCUCAUUUAACAAUAGUGGUGGAGAGAAGGUGUUUUUCAAUAGGAAUGGUGAACUAACAGCUGGAUUUGACAUUAUCAACUGGGUCACCCUUCCAAACCAAUCUAUUGUACGAGUGAAAGUCGGAGGAAUGGAUCCCCAGGCUCCACAAGGCAAAGAGCUGGCUGUUAAUGAGAAGAUCAUCAAAUGGCACAGCAGAUUUAACCAGGUCCUGCCACUUGCUUUGUGUAAUGACAACUGCCACUCAGGGUACAGUAGAAAAAAGAAGGAAGGAGAGCCAUUUUGUUGCUAUGAUUGUGCUCCAUGUCCAGAUGGGAAGAUUUCAGACCAAAAAGACAUGAAUGACUGUUUCUUGUGCCCAGGAGAAGAAUAUGCAAAUAAGGCUCAUAAUAAGUGCCUUUCAAAGACUAUAACCUUUCUGUCCUAUGAAGAACCCCUUGGGAUCACUUUAGCUUUCUUCGCUUUGUCUUUUGCUCUGAUCUCAACUUUGGUGCUUGGAAUCUUUAUUAAGAACCAAAACACCCCCAUUGUUAGAGCUAACAAUCGGAAUCUCACAUACUCUUUGCUCAUCUCCCUUCUGCUCUGCUUCCUGUGUUCCUUCCUAUUCAUUGGCCAGCCUCAGACAGUGACAUGCCCUUUACGUCAAAUAGCUUUUGGCAUCAGCUUCUCAGUGGCUGUUUCUUCCGUGUUGGCCAAAACCAUCACUGUGAUUCUGGCUUUCAUAGCCACUAAACCAGGAGCCAGAAUAAGGAAAUGGGUGGGGAAAAGACUAACAAACUCACUUGUUCUCUCCUGUUCCUUUAUUCAAGCAGCAAUUUGUACAGUGUGGCUUUGCACUGACCCUCCAUUCCCAGACUUAGAUAUGCACUCUCUGGCUGAAGAAAUCGUAGUGGAAUGUAAUGAAGGGUCACCUAUCCUGUUUCACUGUGUUCUGGGUUACAUGGGAUUCAUGGCUGUUGUCAGCUUCGUUGUGGCGUUCUUUGCUAGAAAGUUGCCCAGUACAUUUAAUGAAGCCAAGUUCAUCACUUUCAGCAUGCUGGUGUUUUGCAGCGUAUGGGUGUCCUUUCUUCCAGCUUACCUAAGCACCGAUGGAAAAUAUAUGGUGGUUGUGGAGAUCUUCUCCAUCUUGGCUUCUAGUGCUGGCCUACUGGGUUGUAUCUUUGCCCCCAAAUGUUAUGUGAUUGUGCUGAGGCCUGAGCUGAACUGUAAAGAGCAACUAACAAAGAGAAAAAAAUAG